AUGGCUGGGGUUAAGAAUGCAAGUAGAAAGAAUAGGAGUAGAAAGAAUGAGAGUAAAAAGAAGGCCAAAACUGAAAAAAGGGCUGGUGUAGAAGCUGAAGCCAAGAGGGAGGCUACUGGCAUGGUCAGAUCUGUAGCCAAGACCCAGGCCAAAGCAAUAGCCAAGGCAGGGACUCAGGAAGAUGCAGUGGCAGAGGUGAAGGCAGCAUCUAAGAACAAGAUUGUUACUGAGAUGAAGGAAGGAGGUCUGGCAGAUUUCAGUCCCAAAGCUGAAGAUGAGGCCACUAGAGCAUCUCGGUUUUGUUCUGUGGCUGAAGCUAGUGCUGAGUCCAGUGCUGAGUCCAGGUCUACAUGUAAAGAUAAGACUGGUAUUGAUACCUGGUUUUGGGCUGGGGAAGAAGCCAGUGUUGGUUCCUCGUUCUGGAAUGGAGAAGAGGCUCGUAAUCGUUUCAGUGCUAAGGAUGAAGGUAAAGCUGAUAUUUGUCCCCCAUCCUGUGCUAAGAAGUUGGAGCCUGUGGCUGGGCCCAACUGCAAGGCUAGGCCAGAGGCUGAGGAGGAGGAGGAGAACGUUAUUGGGAGCUGGUUUUGGGAUGGAGAUGAAACUAGUUUUGACCCUAACCCUAGACCUGUGAGCAGGAUAAUUAAGCCCCAGCCUGUGGAUGAAAUUAAUGAAAAAGAUAGGCCCAAGGACCGGUCAGAGGUAACUAUCUGGCCCAAAGCUCCUGCUGUAACUCCAGCAGUGUUAGGCUUUAGACCCCAUGUCCCAUUUGAGAAAAAGCCUCCUUCAUAUGUUGUCCUGGCCUCCGCUGAGGAAAAUACCCAUUCUUUGCCUGUGGCAACAGCGGCGUGCCCUUCUAGGAGCACUCCCUCAAGCUCACAGCCUGUCUCUGAGUACCCAUUUGGUUCUGACCCUUGUAUCCAGACCAUAGAGGAGAUUAGACGCCAAAUCAGGAUCAGGGAGGUGAAUGGGAUUAAGCCAUUUGCUUACCCUUGCAAAAUGGAAUGCUACAUGGAUUCUGAGGAGUUUGAAAAACUUGUUACCUUACUUAAAUCAACUACUGAUCCUCUCAGUCAUAAAAUAGCUCAAAUUGCAAUGGGGCUCAUUAAUGUUCAUCAAUUUGCCCAAGAGUUCAUUAAUGAGGUGGGUGUAGUGACACUUAUUGAAAGCUUGCAGUUUCCUUCCUCUGAAAUGAGAAAAAAGGCUGUAAUUACCCUUAAUCCCCGCUCUGGGGAUGAAAGACAACGCAAGGUUGAAUUACAUGUUAAACAUAUGUGUAAGGAAACCAUGUCUUUUCCCUCGAACUCACCUGGACAGCAAUCCGGAUUAAAGAUACUAGGACAACUGACUACUGAUUCUAACCAUCACCACCUUGUUGCCAAUUACUUUUCAGAGCUUUUUCAUUUGCUCUCCCUGGGAAAUCGUAAAACCAGAAAUCUUGCUUUGAAAGUACUUUUGAAUAUGUCUGAAAAUCCAUCUGCAGCCAGAGACAUGAUCAAUACAAAAACAUUAGCAGCAUUAAAGCUCAUCUUUAACCAAAAAGAGGCAAAAGCCAAUCUCGUUAGUGCUGUGGCCAUAUUUAUUAACAUAAAAGAGCCUAUCAGACAGGGCUCAAUUGUCGUUGUUGAUCAUUUGAGUUAUAAUACACUCAUGGCCAUUUUCCGUGAAGUUAAAGUGAUCAUCGAAACAAUGUAAAAUGAGCUAGAAAUAGAAGAGAACCCUUUGAACAAUCUCCAAACUCUAACAGGCUGUGUGUUCCCAAAGAUCCAUGCAUAAUGUUUUGGUUAUUACAGUGUGCAUGUUAUAAAUUACAUCUUUAACACAAUAUUACCUGUGACAGUCUAGGUCUGAGCUAGACCAUUUUGGGGUAUCAAAUUAAUAUUUCAUUGUGAGUUGAAAACAUCUGUUGAUUAUUCUCUUGUGUAGAUGGGGAGCUUUUUAACAUUUAAGAUAGCAAA